AUGUUGGCAGACUGCAAACUCCACUCUAUAAACAUCAUCAGACAUCAGGUUCUGCUCCAAAUGCCCACUGGGCAUCCACUUUUAGUAUUUCGCGAGUUCGCUCUCGCGUAAAAUCCAUCGAUUCUAUUACACGUAACAUGUCGAGCCUCUGAUAAUAAAUAAUAGUAAACGAGUCAAGAAAAUCGAGGAAGAAAUUCAGUGAGAUCAACUUGGGCGCCGAGACGGAUGGUCCGUGCCUAACCCUUCGGUACAGAGGAGGAAAGUACGGGAGGGCAAAGUGUGCCACGUCGUAGCAGGUGCGGGACCCUGGGUCCCCUGGUCGACCAAGGACGGUAACAACAUGCUCAGCGCCGCAGCUAACACACUCUCGAACAAUGGCGGCUCCUACAGCAACGACCGGGCCUCCGCCGGGACGGCCGAGCCUGAGCUCGGCACCGAUCUCGCCUCCGGUGGUUUCUUUCACGCCGAUUACAAAAAGCACGAUGACCUGAAACAGAUGCUCGACAGCAACAAAGAUGGGAUGAAGCUCGAAGCUAUGAAGCGGAUCAUUGGGAUGGUGGCUAAAGGGAGAGAUGCAUCCGAUUUAUUCCCAGCAGUGGUGAAGAAUGUAGUCUCCAAGAACAUAGAAGUCAAGAAACUUGUCUAUGUGUAUUUAGUUCGGUAUGCAGAAGACCAGCAAGAUCUUGCUCUAUUGUCCAUUUCUACAUUUCAGCGAGCUCUAAAAGAUCCCAAUCAAUUAAUAAGAGCAAGUGCUUUGAGAGUCCUCUCUAGUAUCAGGGUACACAUGAUAGUUCCAAUAGUUAUGCUAGCUAUUAAGGAUUCCGCCAGUGAUAUGUCACCGUAUGUCAGAAAGACUGCAGCUCAUGCUAUUCCUAAACUUUACUCUCUCGAUCCUGAACAGAAAGAUGAGCUCAUCACUGUUCUGGAAAAAUUGCUGUCCGACAAGACCACUCUUGUUGUGGGAUCAGCUGUCAUGGCCUUUGAAGAAGUCUGUCCAGAUAGAAUAGAUCUUAUACAUAAGAAUUAUAGGAAACUGUGCAAUUUACUAGUUGAUGUUGAUGAAUGGGGCCAAGUAGUUAUUGUUAAUAUGUUGACAAGAUAUGCAAGGACGCAGUUUGUUAAUCCUAAUAUAGAUGAAAUAGAAGAGGAGGAUGAGCAACGUCCAUUCUAUGAUGAUUCUGAUUCAGAAUCGUCAGAGGUAAAGAAACCUAAAUUCACCCUUGAUGCAGAUCACAGGUUACUACUGCGUAACACAAAACCCCUACUGCAGAGCAGAAAUGCUGCAGUUGUAAUGGCAGUGGCCCAACUGUACCACCAUGCUGCACCUCGAGGAGAGGCAAUGAUUGCUUCAAAGGCAAUGAUUAGAUUACUCAGAGGUCACAGAGAAGUUCAAAGUGUGGUUCUCCACUGUAUAGCAAGUAUUUCGAUUUCAAGAAAGGGAAUGUUUGAACCUUUUCUAAAAUCUUUCUUUGUCAGAACAUCUGAUCCAACUCACAUUAAAUUAUUGAAGUUGGAUAUUUUAACGAAUUUAGCUACAGAAACGAGUAUCAGCGUAAUUUUGCGCGAAUUCCAAACCUAUAUUUCAAGUAGCGACAAAGAAUUUGUUGGUGCUAGUAUCCAAGCUAUUGGAAGAUGUGCUAGUAAUAUUAAGGAAGUUACCGAUACAUGUCUAAAUGGAUUAGUCUCUCUAUUGAGUAACAGAGAUGAAGCUAUCGUAGCAGAAAGCGUAGUAGUGAUAAAGAAACUUCUGCAAACUCAACCAAACGAGCAUAAGGAUAUAAUAGCUCACAUGGCCAAAUUGAUGGACUUUAUAACUGUGCCACAAGCCAGAGCAUCUAUCCUGUGGCUCUUGGGUGAAUACUCUAACCGAGUGCCAAAAAUAGCUCCUGAUGUCUUAAGAAAAAUGGCAAAAUCAUUCAUCAACGAGGAAGACAUUGUAAAAUUACAAACUUUGAAUCUUGCCGUCAAACUGUAUCUUAGCAAUCCCGAGCAAACGAAAAAGUUCUGUCAGUACGUCUUUCAAUUGGCGAAAUACGAUCAGAACUACGACAUAAGGGAUCGUGCCCGCUUCCUCAAGUACUUUAUAUUCACAGAAGACUCGGAUGGGAAUUCAGAAAAGAAGUUGCCGCUACACGCGAAACAGAUCUUCCUCGCGCACAAGCCGGCUCCAACUCUGACGUCCAGGUUUAAGGAUUCGCAGUUUCAGCUGGGAACGUUGUCCCAUUAUCUGGAUAUGCCUUGUACUGGCUAUCGACCACUGCCGGAUUUCCCAGAGGUACCACCUGAUCCAACGGUUCGUGACGUUCCUGAGGUCACUAGCGCUUUAGAGCUUAAAUCUACUAGACAUCACGGGAAAAAGGAUAAAAAGGAAAAGAAAAGUAAGGAAAAGGAAGAAAACUUUUACGAUGACGUGGACAUGGAGAUUUCGGAAAAAAGUUUAGAUGAUGACGAAGAAACAGACAGUGACAGUGAUUCAGACAGUAGCUCGUCGGAUGACGAUGACAGCGAAUCUACCGAUGAUGAGUCAUCAACGUCUGGAAAGUCUGAUAGUGAAAUUAAGAAAGUUGUAAAUCGUAAAAAAAUGAAGCGCAAGGAAGACGAGGACGACGAAGAAGAGGGUACUGCUGAUUCUGAUGAGCCGUCUAGCACUGAAUCGUCUUCGUCCGAAGACUCCGAUUCUGAAAGUGAAGAAGAAAAGAAAGUUCCAGAAAAACCAGCGCCGGCGCCAGCAAAUAAGGCCAAACCUGAAAGUAAAAAGGAAAAGAAGCCGGAACCCAAAAGUAAUCUAGAUCUCCUUCUGGAUUUGGAUGAUGUGGUACCAAUGACUCCCAUCAUGACACCAAGUUUAGGCGGUUUCCUUACUCCUAUUAUGCCUUCGCCAGCAUUUGCGACGGCUUCCGACGGAAUCCGAGAAGUUUCAACAUCGUUCAUCCCGGUGAAAAAGUACGAGCUACUUAACAAAGUCAGUGGACGAGGCUUGAAAUUGGAAUAUAGAUUCACCAGAUCACAGCAUUUAGUUAGUCCUGCUCUAGUUAACAUUGAAUUAACAUUUGCAAACGAAGGCACUGAGACGAUUAAAGACAUUCGAGUUGGAAAUAAGAAUCUCGCGACUGGAAUGUCACUGCAUGACUUUUCACCCAUUCCAGUACUGCAACCGAAUUCGUCCCUAGCUUGUACGAUCGGCAUCAAUUUCAAUGAUUCAACACAACCCGCAUCUUUUAACAUCGACUUCACAAUCAAAGAUGAACAAUCUUCUCGAAACAUUGCUAUAAAAGCGCCCAUUGGAGAAAUCGUCAGAUCAGUAGUUUUACCAGAAGCAAUGUUUAUAUCUGAAAAGGAUAAGCUUAAAGGCAUGAACGAACACGCGGCUAAAAUUAAUUACUCGGAAAAUCGAAAAAUCUUAACUCAAAAGGUCUUGGAAACAGCCAAUCUUGCUAUAACGUCUAGUGAUGAUGAACAUCUUCGAUUUGCUGCUCAUACUCUUUCUUCCAAAUCUUUGGUUUUGGUGACAAUAAAAACGCUGAAAGAUAACAACUUGGAAAUAUGCGUGAAUUGCGAAAAGAUGGUAAUAGGUUCGAUGCUCUUGAACGAGCUCAAAAGUAAUUUAAAAUAAGCUGGAUAUUUCUAGGAGACGCCAUCGUGCCCCAUAACGUACGAAGUUUAUAAAAAAGAUACUCUGCAUAACUGAAACAUUCUUGUAAGACUACUUUGUAUUGUAUGAAUGAUUAACGAUUCAAAGAAUUUAAAGAAAAUAUUUGUGAAAUACUGUAAAGUAAGAAAUCGAUAUUUUUCAACGUUAGAAUAUUUUAUGAAAACUUACGUUUUUAUUGUGAUGUGAAUGUAAAGAAUAUAUUAUUAAACAAGACUGAAACGUCUUUAAAAUAUCCACUAUUUUUAACUUCAUUGUAUCCAUAGCAUGGGAUCCAAUGUAUAUUUAUUUUGUUAGAUCCACGAUUUUUAAAUACCCUGCGCUUUUCAAGAUGAAAAACUUUACCUUUGUUAUAUGUUGAUAAUAGUUUCAAAAUUUGUACAAGACUUUUUUAAAAAUGCGUUUUUGUAAAUAGCGAUUGGAUUCAAUAAAUCUACGUGAAGCAAACUC